UUUUCAUAGUAUGUUAUUUUAUAUAUUUUUUAAAAAAAGUGUAUAACAAUUGUUCUCGUAUGUUCAAAUAAUCAUCCCCGGCGGCAGGGGCUUAGAUAUAUAUCUCUAACUUAAGAAAUGGAACAGAGGAAAACACCUUUUGACACCAGCAUAAAUAACAAUAUUCCAAGCUUCACAUUUGGCACUGAAAUUAAACCACAGGGGGUCACUCUCAGUUUGGAAUACCAUAUCGAAGUCCAAAAAUCAUGAACAACAGAUUUUUGAUAAGAAAGACAGGAGGAGCAUUGUCCUUGAAAAAAUCAUCAUCAAUGGAAGUCCCUGCAAGAAAAUCUCUGUAUGCAGUGGAAUUUCCCACAUCUCCUAAUCCUACUAAUUCCCCUGGAGAGGAGAAACUUCAUCCCAGUCACUCCCAGCAUCCAUUGCUUCAACUUGAUGUGCCUGAGCUCUUUACCUGCAGUGGCUGUAAAGAACAUGGUGCUGGCAAGAGAUUUUCAUGCCAGCAAUGUGAUUUUCAGCUACAUGAUUUCUGCGCUUUGUCUCCGCCUGCUCUCAAAUCUCACCCUCUUCAUGCCCAGCACCAACUUACUUUCUAUUCUAAACCUAAACCAGGUGGGAUUUUAUGGCCAAGGUGUGAUGUUUGUAUGAAAGCAACCAAAGGGUUUGCAUACCGGUGCAGCGCCUGUCAUUUCCAAAUGCAUCCUUGUUGUGCACUUCUUUCUAGUGAAAUUAAACUGUCGAUUCAUGAACACAAGCUGAAGCUCCUGCCACCUCUGUUAGGUGAACACUCAGGUUUCACUUGUGGUGAAUGCAAGAGGCAGAGAUCAGGUCGAAUGUAUCGCUGCAUGGUGUGUGAUUACCAUCUCCAUGCAGUGUGUGCAAAGUCUAUGGUUAACGGGCUCGAAGAAAAUGGCAUCAAGAUCUCUGCAAAGCCUAAUAUGCUGGGUCCAACAGCACGUUUUGCCUCCCAAAUUGUCAUACAUUUCCUUGGAGGUCUCGUCGAGGGAGUUGGACAGAGUGUCGGACAGGUUCUUGUUCAAGAUCUCGCGAAAGGAAGGUGUAUGAGUAGGAGGAGAAGGCGGCUACGUGACUGAGAUCAGGCCUCUGCAUCUCUGCAAGUAAGGCCUCCAUGUUGUCACAAAAAAAAAACAUUACAACAGCCUAUAAAAAUAUGUGAUUAAGUCUAAGCUGCAGCUAAAUUGCUAUUGUUUCUUGUGUACUCCAGUGUAUAAUUAAGUUAUCCUUGUUUGCUAUCUCAAUCAAAACGUCAAGAUUCUUCCAGUUGUGUAACACCCAAGUGGAUUGCUUCAGAUUAUGAAGCCUUGAAAAUGGGUGAGAAAAAAUGAAAAGAAAGCUACUUUUGAACA